UGCUGCCAUCUCUCAACCAAUGAAAACGCCGUAUGGAAUGUAACUAGGACGCGCUUGAGGUGUAUUUUACAGACAGGUGUCCGGGCACAUCUUAUUUUCGUGGAUACAGGUAAGAUAGUGUGAGACCAGCAACAUGACGGCUGGUUCUAUCAUUGUUCCUACCAUAAUACCCUUACGACCACCUGUACCUGGACGAUCAAAGCUUGCCAUAGACUCAAACACCAGGAUAGAAAUUAGCUCAGAUUCACUACAUACAACUAUAUAUUAUACCAUAAAUGGAAGUAAACCAGAACCAUUUCAGCGUAUAGGAGGACAAAAGACUACGAUCCAAUAUAGAUGUCCCUUUACGUUACCUGCAGGUAGACAUACAGUUAAAGCUGUAGCUGUCUCAGAGGAUGGCAUGAGAGAGAGUAAUGUUGUUACUAAGACAUUUGAUGUGGAUUUUGUUGAACCACCACCCCGUCCACCAGAAGAUGAUGAUCUCGGUUUUCAAUACGAUCUCGAUUUAGAAAGAUCAAAGAAGAAAAAAAAUCGUGUCAAGAUUGAAGUUAAAAGAGCAGCAUCAAAGAUAAUGACGUCACCAAAAUCGGCUUGGACUGACGUUAAUUCACUGAAACACAGUCAACAGAGAAAAUCAGACAUGCGAGUAACAGGUAGCUCACACCGAAGACCUCAAUCAGGAACACGAUUUCUCAAUUCUAGAAUGGGUUAUGGCACCGAUAGGAGUCACAGAACUGAGCCGUUAGAUGGGUUAGAUUUAGCUAGAAGUGAUUCCAGACAUGGUAGAAGACGUGCUCCACCUGAUAAUACAACACAGGCCUUGAGGCUCCAACGAGAAACAGAUUUUCUCAAAUGUAUAUAUUGUUUUGCUGAUCGUCCGUCUGAUCCAUUUUGUCGAUAUUGUACAACAUGUGGAAAUACCUUACCUGAUAUACCUAAACGUCUGACACCAACUGAACCUGGACAGAUGGGAACGUGUGUAUAUUGUAAGUCAACAGUUCCAAUGAAUACAUCUGCAUGCAUUAUUUGUGAAGGACCAAUCAAAGUACAGAAUCAACCUCAGUCCAGUGUACGAUUGGCAGAUAAACUUAUUUGUACGCUAUGUGGAACUGCCAAUCCGUCCAGUCUUGUUGCAUGUGUGACUUGUAAUACAAGACUCCCUACUUCUGCUCAACAGAGUGCUAUAUUAAAUGGAAAGUCAGCUCCACCACCAGUGUCGAGUCCAGAUUCUCAAUAUCUACGAUGUAAUAAAUGUAGCCGUGUGAACAGUGGUGAUGCUAGAUACUGUGAUUGGUGUGGUUGUAAGCCUUCUGCUAGCCCUGGUAUGUUGCAAUGUUCAACAUGUGGUUCCAGUAAUAAUCCUUAUAGUUCAUUCUGUGGUGGAUGUGGUACUACAAUAGAGGCACCAGGUAGAACAGUCUACAAAAUGGAUGGUACAGGCAAAAGUUUGUUUCUGCCAGUAUCCCAAUCUAUGACGCAAGCACCAAGACCAGUUGUUCAUGCUACAACCCAAACAGUUGGUUUGUUCUACCCAUCACGAGGUCCCAAUAAACCAGAGGUUGAUGACCGAGCCUCGUUUGAGAAACAGAUGCGAGAUCGUAAACCUCUAUUAACUCCUGUUAGCCCUGGAAGAGGCUAUUGGAGGAAACAGUUAGAUCACAUUUGUCAACAUCUUAAAAUCUACACCCAGAAUAAUCCUGAAUUUAGAUCUUUGAUUGGUGAACCUAAGAUGGGGAAAUUAAUUUCGUCAACGGUUCAAGAAGAUGGAUAUGAGAUGAGUUUAACAUUGACGUUUCCGUUGAGAGGUGGUUCGGAUAAACAGACGGGCAAGAAGUUAGGUGUUAGUCACCAAGGUUACCUCAGUCAACAUACAGAGCAUGAUGGUAUAGAUAGUUACAGAUCAGAUUCUGAUGAUUAUGAAAGUGAUGAAAAUGUGACGCCCAAAACAAAUAAGAAAAAAGGUUCAAAGAAAAGUAAACCCAAGAAGAAGCUCGGACCAAAAUUAUCAGCUUUAGAUCAACAGUUAGUAAAAGAACUUGGAUCUGAAGGUGAAGGUGCAGCAACAGAAGUUCAACAUUUACUAGAUGAGGGAGCUGAUGUAAAUUGUGUAAAUAAGAAUGGUGUACCAGUAAUAUAUUCAGCUGUAAGAAAUAAACAUUUAGAUUGUAUACCAGUUCUUGUUGAUGGUGGACUAGAUAUAAACAAAAAAGGCCCAUCUGCUCUGAAAGGAAACACUGCCUUACAUGAAGCUGUUAAUUUAGGACCAUCAGGUCUCAAAGUUAUAGAUGUUCUCUUAGAAAAUGGAGCUGAUCAGAAUCGUAAAAAUGACAGAGGAGAGACGCCUUUGGAUCUUGCGAAGAAAGCCGGUUAUGACAGCGUUAUUACGAAAUUUGCAGCCGCACUUGGUCAAUCUCAGCUUGCUAAAAUGACCAAACCAAGACAUUAGAGGAAUUCUAUGAUUUUAUUUUGUAAACCCUUGGAUUAGGGUUCAUCUGUUGCCCCGUUAUUUUAAAAUCGGUGAAAAUCUUGCUGUCCCAGUUUCUGUUUACUCCGCUUGUUGAAAAAAUAGAAACUGCAGAACUAAACGAGAAUAAAAUUAUAUUUAAGGGGUUCAGGAAAUCGACAAUUGUGAGAAAAUUGAAUAGAUCACAGCAUGAUUUUCAAGAUUAUAUGGCAAAUGAUGCAACCUACUUUUGUUUUAUGUUAUAUAAAUGUGAUUGUGGUAAUUUUGUAGAAUUGUUCUGUGUAUCUAUGUUAGAUGAUUAUUUAUUGUACAUAAUAUAUAUCCUCCUAUUUAUCAUUUAUUAAGAAGAUUUACACACCUGCAGGUUAUAUCUCCCAUAGCAACUAUUGAUGUUUAUACAUCUCAAGGUUAUAUCUCCCAUAGCAACUAAUGAUGUUUAUACACCUCAAGGUUGUAUCUCCCAUAGCAACUAAUGAUGUUUACAUACCUCCAGGACCUGAAGUCCAGAUUAUAUCUUCCAUAGCAACUACAGGUAUUUACACACCUCCAAGUUAUAUCUCCCAUAGCAACUAUUGAUGUUUACACACCUCCAGGUUAUAUCUCCCAUAGCAACUAUUGGUAUUUACACACACCCAGGUUAUAUCUCCCAUAGCAACUAUUGAUGUUUACACACCUUCAGGUUAUAUCUCCCAUAGCAACUAUUGAUGUUUACACACCUGCAGGUUAUAUCUCCCACAGCAACUAUUGAUGUUUUAAGUUGGUUAUUCCCUGUAUCAACCUUAUAUAAAGUCAUUAGGGGUUGAUAUUGAGGUAUUAUUAAACUCCAAUAACCACACCCCCAAGAACCCAGAGUGCACAUGGUUAAAUUGCUUAUGCACAUGUUUGUGUCAAUGUGUAAGUCAGAUAGCAAUCUAUUUCCACGCAUGUUAUUUAAAAUAAACCGACAGGCUCCAACCCUUGGGUUUUUAUUUCAAGUAACAACCUUAAAACGGAGCUACACCCUCAGAUUUUAAUUUCGAAUACGAACCUGGAAAGCGGUUGCUAUCUACUAUGUAUCAUAUCAUUCUCACCAAGAUAAUAAGUGUAGUUUAAUGGUCGAGUGCGAGGCAUUAAGUAAUAUAUUCAUAUUGCACGAGGGGUUAUAUAUUACACAAGACUUUAUUUAAACAACUUAAAAAACAGACACUAUCCAGCGUGUGCAUUUCAAUGAAAUAUGUCAAGCAGGUCCAAAAUUUCAACUUGUAUAAAUAAUGUACGCUUAGCACAUUGCCCGUACCAUUAUUUGAAAUAAUGGUGUGCCAACAUCAAAGGGUGACGUCACAUCUGUAUUUUAAGUGGAAUUAAUUCGUAGUAACAUCAUAUUCAAAACAACCUUGGAUUCCCCUAAAAUUUAAGGCUGAACUAAGGUGUUUUUUUUUCACAAGCCUCCAUUUAACUCGUAAAACGUUUGUACAGGCCGUAAAUUAAAAUUUGACACUUGUAUAUCUACCUACACCAUGGAUUGGCAAAUUUAUCUCCAGUUUUGAGAAUAUGCAUUGUAACUGUAUGUUCAAAUCAACAUUUUAUUUUUUUUAUUGACCAAAAAGACCUCCAUAGUGCUUAUUGAUGUCACCUUAAGUCUAGGGGGGUUGGAUAACUGAAUGGUUAGCGUAUGCAUGCUGUAUCAUAAAGUCUGUCAUUGAGUCAACUGGUGUGGUUUCGAAUCCUUGGUUGUACGUGGCAAGGAGUAGGGUCGUCUGUCCAAUCUCGUGGUUUUUCUCCGGGUCCUCCGGUUUCCUCCCACUGCUAAAGACCCCUACGCGCAAGCGAAUUAUUGAAAUAAAAUCGAACCAUGUGUUAGUCCCGAAAUGACUUAGUUUGUGUGUCUCUCUCUCUCUCUCUAAGUCUAGGUAGAUGAAAUUACAUCGAAGAUAAAUAUUUUACAAAAAAAUAAAAAACAUGAAUUUAUAAGAUACAUUUUAUCCACUGGAAUAUUCAUUGCAAAUGAAUGGGAGAGAUCAGGGAACAGGCAUAAUCCCUAUAUCGGACAACUAAACCUAAUAUAUUUAGUCCCCUUGAGUUAAUGGCUGAGCACUGAUACUGGUUUGUCAUCCAUCUUCAUUAGCCCAGUCAUUUUGUCCCAAGCAGGGGAAAGAAGAUUUGUUGAAACGUGCACUAUAUGUAUAUUUAUGUCCGUUGGUGUUUAGUAUAGUUAGCUUUUUAUUUAGGUACAAUGUAAUAAUAUGUUAAUAGAUUUUAAAAGAUAAACAAUGUAUAUUUAGCCUUUUGAGUUGAUAGAUUUUAAGAUUGUUAAAUAUUAUAUUAAAAUGUCUGCACUGUGAUAUUUAUAAAUUAGUUCUAUAUAAAAUGUAUUUUAUUCCAUGUAAAACUAUUUAUUUAUAUCUCUCUCAAUUAAUGGAAACCAAUCUCUGUAGAUAUUUAACAUCAUUAUCAAAGAAUUUAUAGAGGCUUAUAUGGUACCGGUAUAUAUUUGAACAUUUUAGAAUUAGUUAAAGAAUUUUUAAACUUCUUUUUAAGUUAUCAGGAAUUAAUCCUUUGAAUGACAUCUAAAAGUUUGGUUAACUAUUCAUAACAAAAACAACACAAGGUAUGUAUGGAUAUAACUACUUAUCUAUUAUUUAAUAACAACAUUUCGUAUGUAACACAUACAUAACAGGUCACAUUUUCAAGUUAAUGAUAAAUAUGCAUCUAGUCAGAAAUGUGACACUAUAAUUGAUCAAUGAAAUCAAUUUGAUGUAAGCCAAAAUAUGUAAAAAUAGGCUGACUAAAUGGACAUUUAUCAUUAACUUGAAAACAUGACCUGUAUGUGUUACGAAACGUCGUUAUUAAAUAAUAGAAGUAGUUGUAUUCAUAUAUACCCUGUGUUGUGUUUUGUUAUGAGGAAUUAAUCUGUCUACCAUCCUGGGUAUGUACCUAGGGGUUAGGGGAGUAGAAUGGAACGAUACCACUGGGAAUACCAAGGAUGUCUGUCCACAUGUUAUUCAUGUACUCCAAAAUGCAGAAGUGAUUUGAUAUUAUUAAAUAGAUGAAUGAUCUUUUUAGUUUAAGGAAUAUUUCUACUUAAAUGAUGACAAUCUGAUUAAAAUACAGGUCUGUAUUUCGUUUCCUUUUUUUAUACUUUUGAUGGCCCACACCUAGUAAAAUGAAAUUUUGAACUAUAAAAAACAAAACGAAAUAGGAUCUGUAUUUUAAUCAGAUUGAAAUGAUGAUUAUUAUAUCAACUUACGCAUUUGUUUUAUCAUUGCCAUAUUUUAAAAAUGUUGAAUUGAUUUAAGUCAAGUAUUAGGCACUUUAUGUCAUAGCCAUUGUACAAUUUAUGUCAAAUCAUUGUACAAUUUAUGUCAUAGUCAUUGUACAAUUUAUGUCAAUCAUUGUACAAUUUAUGUCCUAAUAAUUGUACAAUUUAUGUCCUAAUAAUUGUACAAUUUUAUGUCAAUCAUUGUACAAUUUUAUGUCAAUCAUUGUACAAUUUUAUGUCAAUCAUUGUACAAUUUAUGUCAAUCAUUGUACAAUUUAUGUCAAUCAUUGUACAAUUUUAUGUCAAUCAUUGUACAAUUUAUGUCAAUCAUUGUACAAUUUUAUGUCAAUAAUUGUACAAUUUAUGUCAAUCAUUGUACGAUUUUAUGUCAAUCAUUGUACAAUUUUAUGUCAAUCAUUGUACAAUUUAAGUCAAUCAUUGUACAAUUUGUUGUAAUUUCAAGUCAAAAAGAAUAGAACACAAAAACAAGUCAUCUGUGUGUCGUGAUUUAACUCGUUACCAGGUUGGGCUGAGUACGUUGUUUGGCUCUGUAACCAGGAACCAAAUCAAACGGCCACUACACCACUACACCGGGAUAUAAAUUUUGUGUACUUGUAUCUUGUGAUGUUGUUUUUCUUGGCAUAAUAUUGCUGCAUUCCAAUUCGUGGAUGUUUGUUCUGUUUCAGAGUGGAUCUUAUUUGGCGUCUGAAGCCAUGGAAUGUCAAAUUAACAUAUGUAUGUAAGAUAAGAUUUUAUUGUAUCUAAACAAAAAUUUACUCUUUUACUUUUGAUUUUUUUUAAGAUGGCAUUUUGAACCCGAUAACCCUCAUUAUUCGAAUCAGCAUACAUAAAGAAGACAAUGACUAAUAAAAAUACUAUAUUUACAUCUAUAUGUAAACCCUCUGGUUUCGCUUCCGUUGUUGUAUGUGAAAAGGACUAGGGUCACCUGUCCAAUCUCGUGGGUUUUCUCUGGGUCCUCCGGUUUCCUCCCAGUCCUUAAGACUCCUACGCGCAAGUGAAUUAUUGCAAUAAAAUUGAAUAUGUUAGUCCCGAAAUGACCUAGUUUAUGUCGAGUGGACGUUAAACAACAUUUCUCUCUAUCUAUUGUAAGGAAAGUGUAUUAAAUGAGGCUUGGACCCAGACCACUCUGAAACAGACAGCUUCUAUAUAUAUAUAUAUAUCUAUUCCAAGUCCCAAUAUAUUAUUGUAUACUGUAUGUGUAGUAAUUAGUUCACUCUAUGUAAUGUUAACCUUAUAUAUGUUUCUAUCUUACUUAUAAUAAGGCUUUGUUUGUAAUAUUCAAUUAAUGGCCAUAUUUUGUCAAUCUUAACACAAGCGUCAAAUUCACUUUGUUAUAUUUAAUUAUGGUAAUGACCAUAUUUGUUCAAUCUUUACACAAAGUCAAAUUCACUUUGUUAUGGUUUUUAUCUCUGAUUUCGGUAAUUUUUUCAUCCAAUUGUGCAAUAACAUGUCACAAAAGGCUUAGACUGCACAGAUUAGUCAAAUUGUCCCUGCCCAGAAAUUUGCAUAAAUCAAGCCUUGUUUGCAGAAGUUUUGUCAUUUCUGACCCAGUUAUGCAAUGACGUGAUGUCACAAAAGGCUUAGACUACAUGCUACACGGAUUAGUCAAAAUGUCCCUGCCCAGAAAUUUGCAUAAAUCGAGCAUUGUUUGCAGAAGUUUUAUCAUUUCAAUUACCGUCAUCAGAGCUAUAUGUGACAUGUCAAUGGCAUUGAGCUUGGAUUGAUUUUAUUGUAUAUAAAGACUGUUGAUCAAUUUACAUAGUACCAGCCAGUUAUUCUGAUAUAAAAAACACAACCCACUCACACUUAUGGAAAUGGUUCAUUUAACAGCAGCUGGGUUUGUACUGUGUAAAGGGAAUGGCAGUCUAAAAUUAAACUAUUACGACUCUCCAUAAAAAGAUUUGCCUUAUUCCAUUAUAAAAUCUGUUAUUAAUAAAAUAUUCUCUAGAAA